AUGACUCCCAUCCUCAGGGCACUACUCUCCCUCGGGCUGAGUGUGGGCCUCAGGACCCCAGUGCAGACAGAGCCCCUCCCCAAGCCGACCCUCUGGGCUGAGCCAGGCCCUGUGAUCCCCCGGGGGAGCCCCGUGACCAUCUGGUGUCAGGGGGCCCCAGGGGCUGAGGAGUACCGUUUUGAGAAAGAGGGAAGCCAACCAUCAUGGAAUCGUCAUAAGCCACAGCACUCUGGGGACAAGGCCAAUUUCUCCAUCACACAAAUGACAGACAAUGAUGCAGGGAUAUAUCACUGUUACUAUCUCAGCCUUAAUAACUCGUCAGAGCACAGUGACCCAUUGGAGCUGGUGGUGACAGGAUCCUACAGCAAACCCAGUCUCUCAGCCCUGCCCAGCCUGUUCGUGCCCUCAGGAAAGAAUGUGACUCUCCAAUGUAGAUCACAGCAGGGAUUUGGCAGGUUCAUUCUGACUGAAGAAGGAGAUCACAGGCUCUCCUGGGCCCUGGACUCACAACAUGCUGGUGGGCAGUCCAUGGCCCUGUUCUCUGUGGGCCCCGUGACCCCCAGCCAUAGGGGGACGUUCAGAUGCUAUGGCUGCGACAGGGACAGACCCCAGGUGUGCUCACACCCCAGUGAUGCCCUGGAGCUGCUGGUCUCAGGUGAAUCUGGGAAGCCCUCCUUCCUUACCAAGCAGGGCCCCAUCGUGGCCUCUGGACAGAGCCUGGCCCUCCAGUGUCGCUCUGAUGUCGGCUAUGUAAGAUUCGCUCUGCACAAGGAGGGGGAACGGGACCUGUACCAGAGCCUUGUCCUGCAGCCACAGGCUGGGCUCUCUCAAGCCCACUUCCUCCUGAGCACUGUGAGCAGCUCCCAGGGGGGCCGGUACCGAUGCUACGGUGGAUACAACCUCUCCUCUGAGUGGUCGGCCCCCAGCGACCCCCUGGACAUCCUGGUGGCAGGACACCUGUCUGACAGACCCUCCCUCUUGGUGCAGCCAGGCCCCAGGGUGGCCUCAGGAGAGAACGUGACCCUGCUGUGUCAGUCACAGAGCCAGAGGGACACAUUCUUUCUGUCCAAGGAGGGGACAGCUGAUACCCCCCUGCGUCGGAGAUCAAAGUACCAAGAUCAGCAGUUCCAGGCAGAGUUCUCCAUGAGUCCUGUGAUCUCAGCCCAUAGGGGCACCUACAGGUGCUACAGCUCACAGAGCACCUCCCCCUUCCUGCUGUCACACCCCAGUGAGCCCCUGGAGCUCCUGGUCUCAGACUACACAGUGGAGAAUCUCAUCCGGAUGGGCGUGGCUGGCUUGGUCCUGAUGGUGCUCGGAGUGCUGCUAUUUCAGGCUCGAAAGGACACCAACAUGGCCCUCAAAGGAGCCAGGAUGUGA